AUGGCAGUGGCAACGCUGUCCCGUGUUCCGCAGCAUCGGCGCGAACUCAGCAAAGGCCAGCUGUCACACAAGCCAGACAUGGGCCCGGCCGUACCCUCACGAUGGAUGACGUUCUUCCUGGGACUACCCGAACCCGUGAGAGACUGCCUGUUUGAGCACCUCGAUUAUAUGACAUCCUGCAACCUGGCCAUGGUGUGCCGGUUCUUCGCCGACUCCGUCCAGCCCUGGAAAGCUGAUGUCGAGGAUAAAGUGGCCGCCGUGUUCCAGGCCGAAAGGUACUUCGCUCAGCACUUUCCUGGCACGAGCCACGACCGCGAGGACCCCAAGGCCGAGUCCCAGGGCAACUUUGGCUGCUUCCUCUGCCACCGCGUCCGGGGCCCUGAGCCACUUGACAGCGAGCCAGCCGGCCACGGCCCAUCAUCCACAGGUUUGGCCUGUGUCAGACGUUCAUCGCCAGGAGCCGCGCACGUACAGGGCCUGCGCGCCCGACAAGACGGGCGACCAGCUCACGACGAAGACGGGCCGCGAGCUGUGGGUUUGCUCAUGUCGCGAUCGGUGUCUCAGCUCGGUCAAGUCGAGUCGGCACACACCAAGCCGGGCGGUCGCGAGGCGGAGACAAGGUCGGCUGCAUGGGUGCUUGGCGUGAGCCGCGAUACCAUUGGUAGGAGGACGGUUCGACAGCAUGAUCCUUCGCUUCUGGCGAAUGAAAUGUGGUGGAAACGUCGCGACUUCGCCUUCAGCUCAUGCGAUCCUGCUUGCGUCUCUCCCACCUUCGAGCUGCUGCGCGGGACGUUGCCCAGCAGACUACAACGGCCGCGUCGCAAUGGAAUGGCCGAACCCAUCGGAGCCAUCAGCGGCGUAGCCGGCCUCAUCAUCUUCGCUACGAACCUUAGCGUCGGUAUCAGCCGCCGCAUCGACGCCGUCCGCGGGCUGCCGCGGACGCUGCAGGCGCUGUCGGCCGAUCUCAAGGGCUUCGUCUCCGUCCUCGGCACCCUGCAAGGCUAUCUCGACCACGAGGACACUAGGCAGGGCGUGCUCCAUCCGGGCACGGUCGACGAGCUGUCCGACGUGCUGGAGGACUGCAUCCAGGUCUUCACUGAGCUUAACCAGCAGUUGAACAAGGACUUGAACGGAUCCGGCGAGGCCUCGGCUGAUGCCAAGAUGAGCACGUGGCGGCGACUUCGGCUGUCUUUCCGGGACAAGGACUUUGAGGAGCUGAGGGCGAAGCUGGCGGCGCGAAAGCUGACGCUGACGGUCGCUGUGUCGGUCGCCAACUUCAUCAACACGUCUUCCCACGUGGGUAUGACGUGGCAGAUGCAGAGCGAUCUUCAGGUGAUGAAGGCCGAGGUGUCCGCCGUGCUGCAGCGGCUCGAAACCAUGCAGGCGAGCGAGUCUCUGCCGGGAGUCGCCAGCAUGGCCAGCACUUCACUGGGAUCCCAGGGCUUGUCGUUGAUGCGUAGAAGAAGCGGCAGCCACAAGAGAUCCAGUCGAGCGGGUUCGAGACAGGAGUACGCGUCGGAAGAGGUUGAGCGAAGACGGGACUGCUCCAGACCAGAUAUUCCAGGAGGUCUUGGCCGCACCGGUUUAGUCGGCAGCUGGGUCACAGCGAUCCAAGGUACUAAAUGGCCUUCGGUCAGCCGAGGGACAAUGGAGAGGCUGGCUGGUAACACAGGAGACGCCGAUAUGCUGGGGAACUCUGGCUUGAGCACGGAAGUGACAUGA